AUGAUAUCACAGCACAUGCCCAAUGACAGUAUUAUAGUCCUCACACCAAAUGGCAUCCAGUUCCCCCAAUCUCAGAAACCCAACACCCCCAACCAGAAACCGGAGAAUCUGAUGAAAUGUCUAAAGACAGAGAUCCAAGUUUUUGGGACUAUACAGAUCCUAUGUGGAUUGAUGGUAUUGAGCUUGGGACUCAUUUUGGUAACUUCUUUCUUUUCUGCUCAAUACACUCCAGUAUUCUCCAACCUGCUGAAAGUAGGUUAUCCAUUCUUCGGAGCCUUCAGUUUUAUCAUCUCUGGAUCUUUAUCUAUCAUCACGGAGAAAAAGUCAAUUAAGUGUUUGGUUAAAAGCAGCCUGAUUGCAAACAUCUUAAGCUGUUUAUGUGCUGUAGUGGGUUUCAUUCUCCUCUCUAUCAGCCUAGCUGGUUUGGACCAUGCCUCACAGAUUUGUGAAGUAGACAAAGAGAUUAAUCCAACUGGAAAUUAUUAUCAUUCUGAUAAUUGCUCCAUGGCCACCACCAGUGUGACUCUGGUCCAGUCUUGUAUGAAGGAUGUUUUAGAACAGAAACAGUGGAACUCAAGUGAUAACGGAGUGUUGUCUCUGAUGCUGAUUUUCACUGUGCUGGAGUUCUGUCUUGCUGUGCUUGCAACGGUGCUAUGGAGGAAACAUAUUUACUCUGGCUUCUCUGGGGUGAGUAUGCUGGCUGGAUUCAUUGAGAUUGCACUCAAUAUUGGAACUAACAUCAUUAGCACAGUGAUUUCAAGCAUUGGAAUAACUCUUCUCUCAGUGAAUUUAUGUGACCUAUUAUUCUUUAAAUGCUCAGUCCCUGACGAGUGUUUACUGGCUAUCCCUUUUACAACUGUUUCUGCAGUAAAUUGUUUGAACAGAUCAGAUGCUGAAGGUCCUUAUCAAGACAUAUUGACUCAACCUGCAGUUUAUGAAGACUUACAGCUGCAAGAUACACAUACAACUGAUAAUGAUCCAUAA